UACCUCAUCAUUUCCUCAUCUCUUCUCCUUACAUCACCUAAUUUCACUCCUCCUCCUCCUCCUCAACAGUGACUAAUUCAAGCCAGAAGCAGUAGCCAGCUCAGGUACUCUCAACAUUCUCUGAUUCUGAGCUACACUACCAAGACCAAGCUGCUACUACUACUGUCACUGUGUUUCUAGCCAGCUCAGGUCGGUUGGCAGAAUGUCUCUGCUGCUUUGUUGUGUAGUGAUGGCUCUGCACCUCUCAACAGGGCUGGAUGCUGCCCCGGGGGUGGUGAACACUACAGAGGAGGAGGUGGAAGGCGUGGACUCCCAGUCACCAUGCCCAGCCGGGUGGCAUCAGAAUGAGCAUCGCUGCUUCUCCUUCUACCCCGUCUGGGCCACCUGGGCCACUGCAGAGUUGUACUGCUCCCAGCACAGAGGGAACCUGGUGUCGGUUCACAGUCCGGGUCAACAGGUGUUUGUCCAGGAUCUGGUCAGGAGACACACAGACCAGCCGGUCUGGAUGGGAGGCUACGAUGCAGCUCAGGAGGGGAUGUGGCUGUGGAGUGACGGCUCAGCUGUUGACAGUUUCUACUGGGAGGAGGAUGAGCCCAGUAACUCUGGACAGGGGGAGAACUGUAUGGAGCUACAAACUGGAGGUGGGCAGGGCUGGAAUGACGUGUCCUGUGCAGAGCUGAGGUUCUAUGUGUGUUCUAUGGAGACAAGAUCUGGUUUAGCAGUAAUUCCAAGUCAGAAGAAAUCACACGAGAGAGAGCUGGUUAAAGAGGUGAGUAUUUAUGACGUCCUGUGGGAGACCAGUGAGAGAGUAGCAGAUGAGAUCCUCUACUCAGCCUUCCUCAGAGGGAUGUAUUCCAGACGUCUGCCUGCCCGCUGCUAUGCUGACUUCUGCCACCAGGAGGUGCUAUACCUGGACAGAGUCAUCCCCAUGCUGCGGGUGCUGAUCAGAACAGUCCAGGGUCCUCCAGACAUCAUGAUGUUUCUCCAGAGAACACAUCAACGCUACCAGGAGUCUCUGAAGGAGGCCCAGAACCAAACUCCACCACACCUGAACCUGUCCUCAAUCCAGCCCUCUGCAGCUGUGCGUCAGUACCUCCAGAGCUUCCAUGACAUUGUGAAUGAGGAGCCCAUCUACUGGCUGGUGUCUCUGCUGCCCAGAGCCCUGCUCAGACCUUACCUGGCACAGAACCUGCCCCUGGGAGAGAGGACCAGACCAGGCCCCAGCCCCUGCCUCUACCCCUGGCUAAGCCUCUUCCCCUGCCCCUGCUACCAGUGGGGGGGUGAGGACAUGAAGCCAGACCAGAGGAACCAGAAGGACAAGACAGGGACAUAUUACAGGCAUCUACUGGAGAAGUACCAGGAUGUGAUAGACGUCUACAAGGCUGUCAACAUCUUCAGAGUCCAGAUGAUCAACGAGAAGGCUCUCUUCACCUCCAGCUGGUUUCCCACUGGUGACGAGGAGGAAGAGGAGGACCAACCCAUCCUGUUGUCUGUGGAGUCUGGUCCUGACGUUAGGGUGAGUGAUGUAUUUAUUUAUGACAUGUUUAUCUUGUUUUGAAAUCAGUCGGGGAUU